AUGUCGUCCGAGUCGUCGCCUGAGUCGGUGCCUUUGGCAUUGACGUCCCCCCGGGCUGUCCUCUCCCUGCUUCGGCAGGGUAUUUUUGCACUCGUCGUCGCUGUCUUUUUCGGCGUGUCUGCGUGGAUCCCGGUCUUGCUCGUGGUCGACCUCAUCGGCCACACCUGGCUUGUCACUCACUUUCUUGUGGGUUCUUACAUUCUCCCGGCUUCCGGUCUUCGGAAGGGUCGUCUGCUCUUUCGUCCCGACCCGAACGACCUCCCCCGUGCCUGCACUCUGCUCGGUUUUUACCUUGUCGUCCUUGGCCUCACAGGAGGCAGUCUUGCCCACCUGUGGUGGACUAGUUGUCGUUUGUUGCGGAAGGGCUACCGGUUUCCUUCAGGAGCUGUGCUAGCCCUGAAGCCCACGAUGCAGGCCCUCAGGGACCCAGUGGCAUCUGCCCACUGGGUUGGUAUUGGUCGCCGCCCCAACCAGUGUCUGGACUGCCUGAAAAGGCAGUGUCCUGAAGAGGGAGGGCACCGGCCGAUCCUGGACCGCGUUUACCACGGGUACACGCACAAGAGGAAGGAUCUCGACUGCUUCCCCUUGUGGGAUCACUACUGUUGGUGGCUUUGGACGCCUGUGUGCUUGCCCACACAGAAAUCCUACCUCCUUUUCACAGUGUACAUCGUGAUCUUUCAUCUGGUUUCCCUCGGCAUCAUUUCGUGGUCCUUGGGAUCGUGGUGGUCGACAUGGACGCACCUGCCUUACGUCGUCGCCGCCCUCUUCCUCCCGAUGGUUUUCCUUUGGGUUAAGCUGGCUCCUUUCUGGGGUCAGUGGAAGAACCAGGUAUUCCGGAAUCAGACUCACCACGAGUUGGGCACCUUCGUCCGAAACCGUCCGCAACCUGCCUGGCCUAUUGGCCUCACAGGGCCGGAUGGAUUCGAGCAUGUGGUCGUCCCUUUCAAUCCGUGGGAUCUGGGAACAAUCGGCAACGUCCGUGCUGCGCUGGGAGACCACUGGUGGCAAUGGCCCUGGUUUUGGUGCAUCCCUCGCCGCGUCAAUGAGUACGGUACGAACCCCGAUUGGGACCUUCCCUUUGGUGAGCAAUGGAGCAACUUCGUCGAAGGGCGGUCGUUCGAGCUGCCUCAGGGCAUAGAGCUCACCCGCCCGCCGCGUGCCAUCCGACGUCGACAGGGAUUCUCGUCCGAGACCUAG